AUGGAUCAUUCUGAAAAUGAUCCCAACUCAGACAACUUCCCUAUCAUUGCUCCACCACCUCCACCUCGUUUGAUGUAUAAGUUUUCUCAGGUUCAUGUAGGGGAUCAUUCUGAAAAUUAUCAGAACCCUAUUAGUGCUCCACCUCCACCUAGAUCCAUUAAUAGAUUUCUUCAAGCUCCUGUUAUGGAUCAUUCUGUAAAUGAUCCAAACUCAAUGUACUUCCCUUUGCCUAUCCAUAAUCCAUCUCCACCAAGAUCGGUUUUUCCUCAGGCUCCUGUCAAUUAUCCUUCUAUAAAUCAGAUAAGGUUGCCUGAUUUGAUGUCUCAUUCUGAUCUUAUGAGGAUGGAGAAGCAACACAUGGACUUGUUUUGGCAAAGCCAGAAGACGCGUUUUGAAAACCUUCAAGCUUCAGAUUACAAGAACCAUGAGUUUGCAAAGUCCAGAAUGAAGAGGUUGGUGAAAUCGAGCAACUCUGCACAGAAGGUCAAGGCUGAAUCACCCUUCAUCCUGGCAAAGGCUUGUGAGCUUCUCAUAGAGGACAUAGCCAGGCUUUCAUGGCUGAGAACUAAAAAUAACCGGAGACGGAGCCUUGAAAAAUCAGAUAUUAUAAAUGCAAUGUUAGACUCGAAGGAACACAGCUUCCUGAUCGACAAAAUCAUAACAGAUAGCAACCAGCAGAAUGAAGGAACUAGUUCCCGACCUGGAGUUUAG